AUGGCGACUACUAGUGAUGUAGACCGCGGUUGCGUCUUUAAGAAACGCAAAUUGCUGUACUAUCACUCUAAUCAUGCUGUAGGGCUCAAGCACCAGCUCGAUGAGUACGCCAAAGAUCAAAGCUACCUCGAGAACCACGAGAUUUUGGUAUACGGCUACUCACUGGAUGGUGGGGCAUCAUCAUUGAUGAUCGGAGAUUCGAACCAACCCGGGCUUGAGAACAGGGACAAAUUGGAAAUCUUCCGCCAUUUGUCACACAUAUACAACCGAUUUGGUCUCUCCACUGUCAGCUGCCAACACAACUAG